CCCGGGCUUUUUGCGCGGGAAAAGGGAGCCGCCCAGGUCUCUGCUCAGCGUCGCUGGAGUCAGGCUGAUUUCGCUGAGGUCACCGCCCGCUCCGCACCGCUGCUGGCCAUGGGGCUUCUGGAGCUGUGCGAGGAAGUGUUCGGCACCGCCGACCUUUACCAAGUGCUGGGCGUGCGGCGCGAGGCCUCAGACGGCGAGGUCCGACGCGGCUAUCACAAGGUGUCCCUUCAGGUGCACCCGGACCGGGUGGGCGAGGGCGACAAGGAGGACGCCACCCGCCGCUUCCAGAUCCUUGGGAAGGUCUAUUCCGUUCUGAGUGACAAAGAUCAGAGAGCAGUGUACGAUGAGCAGGGAACAGUGGACGAGGAUUCUGAUGUGCUCAGCCAAGAUCGGGACUGGGAGGCCUAUUGGAGGUUACUGUUUAAAAAGAUAUCUCUAGAAGACAUUCAAGCUUUUGAGAAGACAUACAAAGGUUCUGAAGAAGAGCUGGCUGAUAUUAAACAGGCCUAUCUGGACUUCAAGGGUGACAUGGAUCAGAUCAUGGAGUCUGUGCUGUGUGUGCAGUACACAGAGGAACCCAGGAUAAGGAACAUUAUUCAACAAGCCAUUGAUGCCAGAGAGGUCCCGUCCUAUAAUGCCUUUGUCAAAGAAGCAAAGCAAAAGAUGAAUGCAAGGAAAAGGAGGGCUCAGGAAGAGGCUAAAGAAGCAGAAAUGAGCAGGAAGGAGUUGGGGCUUGAUGAAGGAGUGGAUAACUUGAAAGCACUCAUUCAGGAACUUCAUUCAUACCAGGACCUGAUUCAAAGUCUUUGGAGCUGAUGCUGUAAUAGAUGAUUCUCUUGGAAACCUCUGAAGGGAGUUGAAUGUACUUUGCCUGUGGGAGCACAUGAAUCACUAAGGGCCAGUGGGAAGACUAGUGGACAAAUUCCAAGGUGCACCCCCCACCCCCCGCCAUGAUUCUCAGCUCUUGAUGUUCACACCUUCGUGUAAACCCCUCCCUUUGAGCAUGGGCAAGACCUGUGACUUGCUUCAGAUCAAAAGAUGAUGGUAAAAGUGAUGGGAUGUCACCCCCAUGAUUAUGUUAUAUAAGUUUCUGUCUUGCUAGCAGAUUAGCUCUCAGUCUUUCUUGCUGGCUUUGGAGAAAUAAGCUGCCAAGACUGCUACAGCUACAAGAAACUGGAUGCUUCCAAAAACACACAAAAGGGGAAGUGGAUCCUUUCCUAGUUGAGCCUCUGCAUGAGGACCCAGCUUUAGCCAACACCUUGAUUGCAGCCUUGUGAGAUCUUAAGUAAAGGACUAGCUGGCUGUUCCUGGACUUCUGACCCACAAAUCUGUGA